ACUACUGUGUACGUCCUUACUCUUUGUUUGAACAUUUUAAUUAAUCUGUAAACCAUGGCUGCUACUACUGGUAAGCUUGAGAUAGAAACUGAGAUACAAUCUCCUGCUGAUAAGUUCUUUGCCAUUUACAAAAACCAUGCAAGUCUCUUCACCAAAGUUUCCCCAGACCUCUUCAAGAACACUGAAGUUAUUCGAGGAAGUGGGAAGAAUGUGAACUCUGUUAUUCACAUUAAAUAUGCCUGGGGGGGACAUGAUGCUUUGACUACAAUGGAGAAGAUCGAAUCCGUAGAUGACGAGAAUAAGAUACUUAUCAAGAGUUUCUUUGAAGGAGAUAUUGGGAAAUUGUACAAAUCUUACAGGGUGACAAUGAAGGCCAUAUCAAAGGGUGGCAAGAACUCGGUGAAAUGGUCUAUUGAGUACGAGAAGGCACAUGAGGAAGUGCCUGCUCCAACCACCUAUCUGGAUUUCGUUGCCAAGUUGGUUAAGGACUUCGAUGCCCAUGCUCUCAAUGCAUAGAAUUGAAUAAAGAGCUUUA